CGUCAAAAUCUGUCCCCUCUUAAAAGAAAUAAUAUCUCAAAACACGGUUGUUGAUUAUUCACCAAUAAAUAACGAGCCGUGUUGAAGUAUAAUAUACGUUAUGUAUUCGACGACGAACGAAUUUGUCCGAAGACGCACGACUUCUCCGAUGUUUACCUUUCGACCGAGCCGACGAAACACAAGGGACGGUCGUACGAGUCGAGUCAGUUCCUCAAAUUGCGUCGUCACCAUCGAAUUAACCUACGAAAUCCGCUCCAUCCAGAAUCGUAUAUCUCGUUUUAAUGGCGGCCAGUCGCAUUACUCGCGAGCAGAAACGUUGCCGUGUACGUUGCUGCACCAUCGCCGCUCUUGUCUCUGGCUUUCUGUGUACCUUGGCAUCGUACACAACGAAACUCGAUACCCUCGACUCGUUUCGAGACCGAUCAAACAACUCGGCGAAGAGAGAAGUGGAAAAAUCGGAUUACAACGAACAUUGGCCGAGUAUCGAGGAAACGACCCCCUGAGAAGUGCCGUUCCACGAGUACACGUCCAGGUAAGAGCGACCAUGGUAUUUCCUCAUUGCAUGGAUUUCCCUUUGAUGCGACGGUAAUCAACUGCGCAUUAUCAAGGAGCGUACGCGACAUUCCAGGUGAAAAUAUUUCCAAUCAUCCUUACCUAUCCUCCCGUUUCUCCGAUUAACCAUAUUUAAAAAUAAAAAAUUCCAAAACCAUUC